GGAGCAGCUGCCUUCAGGGCAGCUGUGAAAGAUGGCAAUAAGCUGGGAGCAGGCAGAAGUAUUCCUCUAGCAAGGUUAACUUGUGGGAGGAGUUCAGUUUGCUAAGUAUUGUCUGAGAGAAGGUGUGCUCUCCAGAAGGAGUUUUAACCUGUAAGAUCAUUAACUCUUUCAGUCAGCUGGCGAGCAGCAGUGGCUGUACAAGCUCGUCCUGGAAGCUUCUACUCUGGAAAGUCAGGGAGGAGUGGAAUAAUCUUUCAUGGGGGACCACUUUGAGGAGGGUCAUCAGGCUUUGCUCAAUGAAGGAGAAGAGAAUGAGAUGGAGAUAUUUGGCUACCAGACUCAAGGCUGCCGGAAAACCCUCUGCCUUGCUGGGUCCAUCUUCUCCUUUGGGAUUCUCCCCUUGAUAUUGUACUGGAGACCUUCUUGGCAUGUGUGGGCCAAUUGCAUCCCAUGUUCCUUACAAGAAGCAGACAUUGUAUUGCUGAGGACAACAGACGAAUUCCAAACUUACUCCUGGAAAAAGGUAAUGUGGAUCUACCUGUCAUCAUUGCACAGCACAUUUGGUCUCACUCCCGACCACCCUCUCAUUACAGAUGAGGAGUUUAUCAUAAAUAGAGCCAUUAAAAAACCUGACCUCAAGGUGAGAUAUAUAAAAGUGCAAAAAAUAAGAUAUGUUUGGAACAACUUAGAAGGACAGUUCCAAAAAGUUGGUUCUUUGGAAGACUGGCUUAGUUCUGGCAAGAUACAUCUCAAGUUUGGAUCAGGUCUAACAAGAGAAGAACAAGAGAUUAGGAGGUUAAUAUGUGGACCUAAUACUAUUGAUGUUGAAAUCACACCAAUUUGGAAACUACUCAUCAAGGAGGUUUUAAAUCCAUUUUACAUAUUUCAACUCUUCAGUGUCUGUUUGUGGUUUAGUGAAGACUAUAAGGAAUAUGCUUUUGCCAUCAUACUCAUGUCAGUCAUUUCGAUAGCUUUGACGGUAUAUGAUCUCAGAGAGCAAUCUGUGAGGCUCCACCGUCUAGUUGAGUCACACAACUGUAUUACCAUUUCAAUAUGUGAGAGGAAAGCUGGAGUUCAAGAGAUGGAAUCACGCUUCCUGGUACCUGGAGAUCUGUUAAUUUUGACAGGGAACAAAGUACAGAUGCCAUGUGAUGCCAUUCUGAUGGAUGGAAGCUGUGUGGUAAAUGAAGGCAUGCUGACAGGAGAAAGCAUUCCAGUGACUAAAACUCCCUUGCCCAAGAUGGAUACCUCAGUGUCUUGGAAGACACAGAAUGAAGUGGAUUAUAAACGGCAUGUCCUCUUCUGUGGAACAGAGGUGAUCCAGGCCAACAAAACCUGUUCCGGGAUUGUCAGUGCAGUGGUCCUACAGACUGGAUUCAACACUGCAAAAGGAGACCUUGUGAGAUCCAUUCUCUACCCCAAGCCUAUGAAUUUUAAGCUCUACAGGGAUGCUAUCAGAUUUCUCCUGUGCCUCGUGGGAACAGCCACCAUCGGGAUGAUCUAUACUUUGUGUGUCUAUGUGCUGAGUGGGGAAUCUCCUGAAGAGGUGGUGAAGAAAGCUCUGGAUGUCAUCACAAUUGCAGUUCCUCCUGCUCUACCUGCAGCUCUCACCACGGGUAUUAUCUAUGCUCAGAGGAGGCUGAAAAAGAAAGGCAUAUUUUGCAUCAGCCCCCAAAGAAUCAAUGUUUGUGGACAAUUAAACCUUGUUUGCUUUGACAAGACAGGCACCCUAACAAGAGAAGGCUUAGAUCUCUGGGGAGUUCUGCCUUGCGAUAGGAAUGGUUUCCAGGAGGUUCAUAGCUUUGCCUCUGGCAAGGCUUUGCCAUGGAGCCCACUGUUUGCAGCCAUGACCAGCUGCCACUCUCUCAUCCUUCUGGAUGGGACCAUCCAGGGAGACCCACUGGACCUCAAAAUGUUUGAAGCCACCACCUGGGAAAUGGCCAAAUCUGGGUUUGAUUUUCAUGUCAAGGGAGUACCAGCCCAUGCUUUGAUUGUUAAGCCCUGCAGAACAACCAGCCAGGUCCCAGUGGAAGGAAUUGCCAUCCUGCAUCAGUUCCCAUUCUCAUCAGCACUGCAGAGGAUGACAGCCAUUGUCCAAGAGAUGGGAGGUGACCGGCUGGUUUUCAUGAAAGGCGCACCAGAGAUGGUAGCUAGCUUUUGUCAAGCUGAUACAGUACCAACUAGUUUUGUUAGUGAGCUUCAGACUUAUACGACACAAGGCUUCAGGGUCAUAGCACUGGCCUAUAAGAAGCUGGAACUAGAUCACCAUACCACUGCUUUGAAGAGGGACAAGGUAGAAUCAAACCUGAUAUUUUUGGGAUUGCUGAUCUUGGAGAAUCGGUUAAAGGAGGAGACAAAACCUGUCCUGGAAGAACUCAUCUCAGCCCAAAUAAGGACUGUCAUGAUCACAGGUGACAAUCUUCAGACAGCAAUAACAGUGGCCAAAAAGUCUGGAAUGGUUUCUGAAAGCCAGAAGGUGAUUCUAAUUGAGGCAAAUGAAGCCACCAUGUUCUCUUCUCCAUCAAUAUCUUGGAAAUUAGUAGAAGAGAAGAAAAACAUUGCAUAUGGGAAUCAGGACAGUUAUAUCAACAUCAGAGAAGAAGUUUCUGGUAAUGGCAGAGAAGGAAAUUAUCAUUUUGCCUUAAGUGGAAAAUCCUUCCAGGUUAUAAGUCAACAUUUCAGCAGCCUACUGCCAAAGAUACUGAUCAAUGGAACCAUCUUUGCAAGAAUGUCUCCUGGACAGAAGUCCAGCCUGGUGGAAGAAUUUCAGAAACUGGAUUACUUUGUAGGUAUGUGUGGCGAUGGAGCCAAUGACUGUGGGGCCUUGAAAAUGGCUCAUGUAGGCAUCUCUUUAUCAGAACAGGAAGCUUCUGUGGCUUCGCCCUUUACUUCCAAAACACCAAACAUUGAAUGUGUACCUCAACUUAUCAAGGAAGGACGUGCUGCGCUGGUUACUUCAUUUUGUAUGUUUAAGUACAUGGCUCUGUACAGCAUGAUUCAGUAUGUUGGUGUUCUGCUGCUCUACUGGAAUACAAACAGCCUUUCAAAUUACCAGUUUCUGUUCCAGGAUCUGGCCAUCACAACUCUUAUUGGUGUGACAAUGAAUUUGAAUGGUGCCUACCCCAAGCUGGCUCCCUUUAGACCUGCAGGACGGCUAAUCUCCCCACCUCUGCUGCUCUCCGUGAUUUUCAACAUUCUCCUCAGCCUGGCCAUGCACAUUGUGGGCUUCAUUCUGGUUCAGAGACAGCCCUGGUAUUCUGCAGAGAAGCACAGUGCCUGCACAGAACUCAAUGAAACCAUCUCAAAGUUAAAUAUUUCUUCAGCCACUCCAGAAAAUAUUGGAAGUAAUGAUGUUUUUCCAAGUUUUGAAAACACUACUAUAUGGUUCUUGGGAACCAUCAACUAUAUCAUUGUGGCUUUUAUUUUCUCGAAAGGAAAACCAUUUCGACAACCCACCAAUAGAAAUUACAUAUUUAUCCUUGUCUUGGUCAUACAGCUGGGUGUGUGUCUAUUCAUUCUAUUUGCUGAUAUUCCAGAAUUAUAUGAACGUUUGGAUCUGCUAUGCACUCCCGUCCUGUGGAGAAUCUACAUUGUCAUCAUGCUUGGCUCCAAUUUUAUUGUGUCCCUUGUGGUGGAGGAGACCAUUAUUGAAAACCAAACACUGUGGAGGCUAAUCAAAAGAUGUUUUGGCUAUCAAUCAAAAAACCAGUAUCGGAUAUGGCAGAGAGUCUUGGCAAAUGACUCCACUUGGCCCCCAAUAAACCAAACCAUCUACUCUGACAGACCGAGAUGUGGCAGGGGAGUGUCUUACAGCAAUCCUGUUUUUGAGAGCAAUGAGGAACAUCUGUGAAACAAGAUCACUUCCAAGUGGCUGGAAAAAAAAGAAAUAAUGACUAAUGAAACCAAUUUCUUUACAUUUUAAGCAACAAAACUCUUAAGCAGCAAGUAUCAGUUGGAGUUUUUGAAAUCAAAAAUCAUUCAAUCAUGGUGGCUAAUUAAAAUCUGUUGAUAAAAUAGUUUCUACAGAUCAGAACACUGCCCAGAAGAAUUCUUUCCUCUUGGCUUCUGAAAGUACCUGAGAUGUCUAGUGAAUCUUAAAUGAGCCAAGGAUAACACCGGGCCAAGAUAUUGAGAGGCUAAAGGAGGAGAAUAUAUUCUUUCUUCUCAGAUAAUAUAUUUUUAAAUGAAGAAAUUAGCACUAUGUAUAAUCAUAGAAUUGAACCCAUAAAAGAUCUCAAAGAUC